AUGCCGGUCCUUGGCGUUCACCGCGCGCCGCCGUCGACUGCGCUGGUCGCCCGCACACAGGGGCCUGCUGCAUCUCCAUCGGAGAACGGACAAGACCUAGACAGCCCCGCUUCAGCUCCGCAGUUUCUCUCUCAGAGACUGCCUUAUGCGCAUCUGGUUGACACUCUGCCGUAUGUCGAUGCCCUGACACCAGAGCAGAAUGAGGAGGCAAAGAGCUUGCUCCAGCAAGAGCUCGUCCUCAUGAACCGCGAGCGGCGCGCGAAGCGUCAGGACCUGCCAAGUGGUGUCGCUGAAGAGGAAGCUUCCUCUCUCGAGGCAGACAUCCUCAAGGAGUAUCUUGAUGAGCUUCUUCCUCCGCCGAAGACUCCUCAUCUGGACAACCCUAAUACGCUUGUCGGCAAGGAGCUCCUGCGCAUCAAACGAGGCGAACCCAUGCAGAAACUCGACUUGUCACGUCUCUACGAAGCGGCCCCUGCGCCGCCCAAGUCCGCGGAGACUGCGGAGUGGCGGAAGAGCAUCGCAACGUGCGAGUCUCUCCUGGAGCACCUCGGCUUGGGACAGACCAACCUCGACCUCAUGAACGUCCACGCAAUCUCUACAUGGACUAGACAUCUGCAGAACCUCAUGCUCCAGGGCAACCACUGGGAAUCUGCGCUGAAGCGAGUACGCACAGACGUCGACGGCGUCAGCAAGGCGAGGAAGCUGGAGCAGGUUGAAUGCGGCAAUGUUCUUCGGAAUUUGAAUCGAACAAAGGAAGAUUACGAGGAAAGGAACCGAGAAAUUCUGGUGGCGCUUCAACACCUGAACGGAGAAGUCGCCGAUCUGAAACACAAGUGCCGCACGAGGGGCCUGCUUCCGGAGGACUACGACAGCGAUCCAGAAGAGGAGGGGGCCGCGUGGGCGGUGCCAGUGCCCUCCUCGGCUCCCGAACUGAGCUGCGCUAAUCUUCCUCUGCCCGCCAGCGAGGCGCCCGUGGGAAACGGGGUCGCACAGAGCUCUGAGGACGCGAUGAAGAGUGAAGGCAGCAGCGGAGUCGCCGUGGGCGCCUCUGCCGCGGCGCACCUGCACGCGCACCGCGAGGAGGAGAUGGUGGACUACGACGACGCCUGA